AGCACAACAAAUCCAUCACCAUAGCGAGCUAAGUAGCGGUUCUCACGCCGCUUCGUGUGUGGCGAUCGCGACCACGAUGGCGAAGCCGUCAGACGGAGUGGUACCUUGUAGGUAGUAGACCCGCCGCCGGCGAAUCAAGUGCAGGGACGUGGCAGCUCGCCAUUCGUCCGUCAGGAUGUCGUCGUCUUCGCGAGGCGACUCCGUCCCUUCCUGGCUGACGGACGUCUAUAAAGAUGACACAUCGGACGAGCAGUUCCAGGCGCUCCAGGAGAAGCUGGCGGAGGCGGACGCGCAGCUGCUGGCCGUCACCGCCAGAUGCGACGAGUGGAAGCGCAAGGCGCAGGAGAAGGCGCGGGAGGCAGUGCAGCUGGGCAACAAGGUGGAGGCGCUGGAGGAGCGGCUGGCGGAGCUGGACGAGGAGGACGUGCCCGCGCUGCAGAUGGAGGUGGCUCGGCUGCGGGAGGAGCUGGCGCGGUCAGAGGCUCUUCGCUUCGACCUGCACAGGCAGUUCCAGGCGCCCGACAUGUCGCCCACGGCCUCGCGCCACCCCAGCGCUGUCACCAGGGGCCCAGACGAUUUCUCUUUGGAGCGCAUGGACGAAUCAGAGGCCGACAGCUGGAUGCGGGAGCCGCCAGGGGGCUCGGGCCGGGGAGCUGUGGACCUGAUGGCCAUUGCCACUGAGGACGAGGAGGAGGAGGAUGAGGACGAGGAGGGCGCGCGAGGGAAGGGAGGAGUGGCAGGAGUUGCGGCUCUAGGGGAAGCGAACAAGCACCAUGCCUUCAGCACGGGCCCCACCAGCAGUGACGGCGGGGACAGUGGCUUCGUGCAAACGCUCCUAGAUAUGGGCGAGGCCUCCUCCUACGUCUUCCGCUCCCCCGCACCUGAGUCAGCCCUGCAGCAGCAGAAGGAGCAAGACGGCCAAGGGGGGUCGAGACAGCAAGAGCAGCAGGGGGGGCAGGAGGGGCAGGGGGGGCAGGGGGAGCAGCAGCGGCAAGGGGUGGGGAAGGAGAAGGAGGAGGGUGAUAGCAGGAGAAAUUCGACGGGGAGUAAUGUGUCGGGGGGGUAUGCUUCUGCAAUGGCUAAGUUAGUGGAGGAACUUCAGGAGUCAGAAGCGAGGAGGAAAGAGGUGGAGGGGGAAUUGGAGAGAGUGAGGGAGGAGGUGGGGAGGAUGGGGAGGGAGUUGGCGGAAGUGAGGGGGAGAGAGGGGAGGGAGGAGGAGUGGAAGGAGGAGCGGAAGGUGAUGCAGGGGAAGAUUCUGGAGGCUGAAGCUGCUCUGAGGGAAACUAAUGCUGCAAGGGCGGAGCAGGAAGAGCGGGUGCGGGUGCUGGAGGUGCGGCUGAGGGCAGCAGAGGAGGACGGGCAUGUGCUUAAGAGCGCGAUGCAGGAGAUGAGCGCCGGCACGCACGGAGAGAGCCAGACGCUCAGCAUCCUGCAGGGGCAGGUCUCUGCGUUGCAGACCCAGCUGGUGAGGGAGAGGGAGAGAGCAGCGGAAGAGGCGGAGGAGCUGACUCAGGAGAUGGCGGAGCUGCGGUUCCAGCUGAUGGAGCAGGUGGACGCGGAGAGGGGGCUUCGUGCCGAGACAGAGGCGGCUUCCCUGCGACGCGUGCAGGAGCUGGAAGCCAUGGCUCUAGCCGCCAAUGACGCCAAGCUUCAGGCAAUGGCUGCUAAGGCAGACGCAGAGAGGAAGAUAGAGGCGAAGGAGCUGGCUCUUAUGCAGAGAAUCGAAGCAGCUGACAAGAGGGAUAAGAAGGUGGGGGAGAUGGAGAGGGCAAUGGAGGAGAAGAGGAAGGAGGUGGAGGAGAAGGGGAGGGAGGCUGAGGAGGAGAGGAGGAGAGCGGAGAAGGAACGGGCUGAGGGGGAGGAGAGAGUGAGGGAGAUGGAGGGGAGAGUGAGGGAGGCGGAAGGGAGAGUGAAGGAUGCGGAAGGGGGUGUGCGGGACGCAGAGGGGCGUAGGGAGGCGGCAGAGAAGCAAGCUGCUAGGAUGGAAGAGCAAGUGAGGGAGUGGGAGGAGAGAGUGAAGGGGUUGGAGAGAGAGAAGAAAGAGGCGGAAGGGGCUUUGGAUGAGGCGGAGGACAGAGCAGCGGAUAUAGAGGGGCAGUUCCUGGUGAUGCAGAGUAGAGUGAGAGAUUUGGAAGGGAAGCUGAGGCAGCAGAGUGCUGAGGCAGAGGCAGCUUGUGAGGAAUUGAGGGAGGAGGAGAAGGAGGGGAGGAUCCAGGAGUUGGAGUCGGAGGUUAUGAGGGGUAGGAGGAGGUUGGAAGAGAUGGAGUUGGAAACUAAGGGAGUGAAGGAGGUGGGGGAGAGUGCGAAGAGGAGGUGGGAGGAGAGUGCGGCAGAGAUACAGAGGAAGGAGAGGGAGAGGGAGGAGGAGGCGAGGAGAGUGAGGGAGUUGGAGGAGAGAGUGAGGGAGGGGGAAGAGAGAGUGAGGGAGAUGGGAGAAAGGGUGAGAGAAGGGGAGGAGAGGGUGAGGGAAAUGCAAGAAAAGGUGAGGGAGGGGGAGGAGAGAGUGAGUGAGUUGGAAGGGAAGCUUAGAGAAGCUAAUGAGAAUGCAGUAGAAGCAGAGGCGAAGGUGGCUAAAGCAGAGGAGAGGGAAGCAGAGAGUAAAAAGGCAUUGGAGGAGAUGGAAAAAGAGGUCGCGAGAGUGAGGGAACUAGAGGAGGAGGCAAGGAAGUGGGUCCAGGAGGUAGAGGGGGAAUGCAAGAGGCGUACAGAGGAGGUGGAAGAGGAGAUGAGGAGGAAAGUGGAAGAGCUAGAGGGGAAGCUUAAGGAGAGUGGGAGUGUGGCAGGGAGUGUUGAGGAGAAGAAUCAGAGAGUGGUGGAGUUAGAGAAGGAGAUAGAAGAGGCGGAGAAAUUGGUUAAGGACUUGGAAGAGGCUGUGGAUGAAGGGAAGGUCAAGGUGAAGGCGUUGGAGGGGCAGGUUGAGGAGAGAGAGAGAGUGAUAAAGGAGCUUGAGAGAGGGGUGGAGGAUGGGAUGAGGAAGAUAGUGCGACAGGUGGAGGAGAGAGAGAGGAUGAUGGACGAGAUAAAGAAGAAGUUAGAGGAGAGGGAUAGGGUGAUAGGGGAUUUGCAACGGGUGGUUGAGGAGAGGGAAAGAGAGUUGGAUUUACAGAGGAAUCAGAAGUUACCGGAGUUGGUGGCUGAGUGGAAAGAGAGAGUGAGGGAGGCGGAGGAGAGGGUGGAGGGGGAGAAGGACCGGGCCAAAGCUGCCGAAGCUGAGGCGAAGGCUCGGUGGGAGGAGGAACGGCGGUCGUGGAAGAGGAGAGUGGAGGAGGCGGAGAAGCACUUGCUGGAGGCUCGGGAGGAGGUUCGGGUGGCGCAGCAGGAGGUUCGGGAGAAGGUCGGGGAGCUGGAGGAAGUUACCAGGAAGCUUGCGGAGGAGGUUCGGCAGAAAGUGGAAAGAGAGAAGAAGGUUAUUGAAUUGGAAAAGAGGGUGGAUGAGAAAGCGAAAAAGGUUGGGGAGAUGGAGGGGAAAUAUUUAAGCAAAGUGGAUGAGUUGAAAGCGCAGGAGGAACAGUGGAGGGGCGUAGAGGGGGGGCUUAAAACGAGGAUAGGAGUGCUUGAGGGGGAAGUGGGGGAGAUGAGGAGGAGAGUGGAGGAGGAGGAGGGGAAGAGGGGGGAGGCUGAGGGGAGGAUUGCGGAUCUGGAGGAGAGGAGGAAGGAGCUUGAGAGGAGAGAGGAGGGGUUGAGAGAGAGAGUGAGGGAGGUGGAAAAGGAGGUCGAGGGAGUAAAGGGAGUGAGGGAUAGUUUGCAGAAGCAGCUUCAGGAGGCGGAAGAGAGAGAGGGGGCGAGUGAGAAGCGAGUGUGCGGCUUAAUUGAGAAACUAGAGGUUAAGGAAGGGGUGCUAAUGGGUUUGAGGGAGACGUUGGAGGAGAAGAGGAGGGAGAUUGAGGAGAGGAGGAGGGAGGUGGAGGGAGUGAGGGAGGAGGUGAGGCGAGUGAGGGGGGAGAGGGAGGAGGAGGAGAAGGGGAGGGUGAAGGCAGAGGGGGAGAGGGAGGAAGUGAGGAAGAAGCUUCAGAGUGUGGAAGGGGACCUUCAAGCAACCAGAGCUAAGGUCCGCGACCUGUCAGCAGCGAGGGAUCGGCUGGAGAGGGAGGGGGAGGACGUGAGGCGAAGCCUGCACGACGCAGUGGCUGCCAGUGCGAAGCUGGCUGCAGCUCUGGAUAAGACGGAGGGCAAACUGGUGGCGCUGGAGGAGAGGAGUGCGGAGGAGAGGAAGCAGAUGGAAGCCUCGCACAAGGAGCAAGUUGAGAAGCUUCAAGAGCAGCUGCAGGCGUCCCAAGCAGCAGCAGAGAGCGCGUCCAGGCGGCACCAGGAGGCGGCGGGCGAGCUGAGGGGAGCGCUGAAGGAGCUCGAUCGGCUGGAGGGGCUGCUGGGCAGCACUCAGGGGAUGCUGGCAGAGACUAGGGGGCUGCUGGGGGAGACUGAGAGACGGUUGGAGGAGACUAAGGGGCGGCUGGGGGAGACGGAGAAGCAGUUGGAAGAGACGAAGGAGCAGUUGGAGGGGACGCAGGGGAUGCUGGAGGAGACUGAGGGGGAGCUGACCCGGACAGAGGAUGAGUUGAAGACAACCAAUGAGAGCCUGGCAACUGUCAGGGAAGAGAAGCAGCAGGUGGAAGCCAGGCUGGCAGAUACAGAGAGGCGGAGGCAGGAACUUUCAGAGAAGGUUCGCAUGCUGGAGCAUGACCUGGCGGAGCGGCGCGCUGAGCUGGUGCUGGCGAAUCAGGAGCUGGCGGUGCGGGCGGGGCAGAUUGCAGAGCUGACGUCACAGCUGAAUAUUGCCACUAUUGCAGUGAAGGAGGGCCGGGACCGCAUCCGCAUGCUGGAGGUGGUGCUGACAGUGAAGGAGGACGAGCUGAAGAAGCUGGAGCAGCAGAGCAUUGAGGCGAACGAGCAGGCCAAGAUGCUGAUCGCUGCCAGAGAGGCCCAGAUCGCUCAGCUCGCAGCGUCACUACGAGCAGAGACCGCCAACCUAGAGGAGGCCACAAGCAGAAUCGAGGGCCUGGAAGGAGAAAAGCAGCUGCUGGAAGUGGCGCUACUAGAGGCACAGGGGCAGGUGGAGGCGACGGAGAGGGAGAGAGACGACGCGCGUGCAGACGCUGCUAAGAGGAGGGCGGGUUGGGCGAUUCCCACCCCGGGCCCGAACAACCUCAAGCCAUCUGCCAUCAAGGCGCGACAGAAGCCAUGAGAUACCUACCGGUAUCUGGCAGCAGCAAAUAGAUGGGAGUUUUUGAGUCGACUCAAAAAUCAAGGCGCGGCAGAAGCCGCGAGAUACCGGUAUCUGGCAGCAGCGAGUAGAUGGGAUGGGAGUUGGCGGUUGUUGGGAGUGCGCGACAGAAGCCACGAGAUGUUAUUAUAAAUAUUAAGGGUUGGACUGGAUGGAGUGGGUGGGUCUGCAUGAUGCGGUAUAGCCACCCACCCACCCCACCCAAGCACGACGGGGACGAGGAGCGAGAUUGGCUGCCCCCACCCGGGGGACAAAUACGGUAGCAUCAAGCCGUGUCCCUUUGCCAGAGCUACAGUGUCGAGUUGAGGCAUUUGAUGGAGUGAGGCUGAUGUGAGUGAGUUGAAGUGAGAUUACGGUACUAUUGCUGUUCAAGUUGGAGUGAGCCACCGAAAGAACAGCACAUAUGCAGGUUUAUUAUUA